AAAAGAAAAUAAAAAAGUCAAGUAGAAGGUGUUUUUAGGACUUACAUACAAUGGACAAAGGAAAUGGAUAACAUUUUAGCUAUUUCACUACAUGACUCUUUAUCUCAAGGCCUCAAAACUGAUAAAAAUUGGAAGCCUCAAGUUUACCAAGUAGUUGUGGAUUAUCUUGGGAAAUCAUUGAGCGUUAAUGUAACCAAGGAGCAAGUCAAGAAUAAAAAUGGAAAGGCAAAGGGAUAUGCAAAUAAACUGAUAGAAAGGUGGGAUGAUAUUGUGAUGUUGUGUGGGACAGAUAGAGCAACUGGUGAAGGUGCUGAAACUUUAGAAGAUACUGACGAAGCAAUGAUGGGAGAUGAUGAAAAUGAUGUAGAAUACUCAAUACCACCUGUUGCACCACCAACACAGCCUUCCACAUCGUUUACGAUAGAGUCCCAUCAAAAGAAACAGAGGAAAGAUCCAUUGGUUGCUAUUGUUGAUGACAUUGCUUCAUCACUCAAGAAGUAUAUGAACUUGAAAAAGAAACCAAAUGGUCAAGAGAUAUAUGAAGUAGUUUCAAAAGUUUUGGGUCUUUCUCAACAGGAAAUAUUCAAAGCAAUCCAAUUGUUAUUAAAUGAUGAUCCUGAGCAAUUUUAUUUGCUAAAAUCACUUCUUGAGGACAAGAAUGAUGACAAGAAAUAUGAUUGUUGGUUUCUCUGGCACAUGCAAGACAUGAAGUACACUCGGAUUUUCUAGUUGUAAGUUCUUCUCCAAGUAUGUUGUAAGUUCUUCUCAUUGUCAUACUUGGUUUGUGGGUUAGUAAUUUCACCUUUAGGCAUUUUUCUUACAAUUUCUUCCCAUUCAUUGUUUUUCUAGCUUUGUGUCUUUGACCUUUUGGGUUUCGUACUAAAUCUAAGUUGAUUUU